AUGAAUAAAGACAUUCUGAGCAAAAUGAUACAGCAAGACUGCCAGGAGAAAGAACGUAACAACGCUAAAAAUGCAGUCGAGGAGAAUGUUUAUUACUACAAACUCAAGCUGGAGGGUCUCUAUCAGACGUUUAUAAAUGCUCAAAACCAUCAGGCAUUCUCUGAGCUUUUAAAUGGCACAGAGAACUGGCUGUACGAAGAGGGAGCGGACCAAGAUAAGCAGACGUACAUUAACAAGCUGGAAGAAAUACACAAACUGGGUAAGCCUCUGCAAAACAGAUACCAGGAGUCCAUACGGAGACCUAAAAUGUUUGAGGAGCUGUCAGCCAAAAUACAAAGCUACAUGACUAUUAUGGAGGAGUAUAAGAAUGGAAGGAACAGUUACUGUCAUAUUAACGCCAUGGACAUGGACAAGGUCAGAGUGUGUGUUGAAGAUACACAAGUGUGGAUGACAAACAUAAAGGAUUCUCAGGAUAAACGCACACCUGAUCAGGAACCUGCCAUACACAGCACUCAGAUCGAGGAGAAAUUACAGGUGAGGAAAGACUAAAAGCAACUAAAAAGCUUUUCACUGGGGGAGACACGUCUAAGAAUAACCUUAUAUGUAAUCAGUAUUGAUUUCUAUGUCCGAGCAGCCACAGGGGUGUGGUGUUAUCUGUCUUUUUCUGUCAUCACACAACU